UCAACCGCUGUAUACUUUCAUGAGGCAAAGUGGCUGUUAUGUUGCUCAUCCUGGCUUAAACAUUUCUCCUCAGAUUUUUUUUUUUACAACUAUCCCAGGGCAAAGGUGGACACUGACAGAGCAUCACCAGACAGCUGCAAGCUAACAGUAGCUUUAGCGGAGAGAGGAUACAGUGCAGUGCAGCUGGCUCACUCACGCUAGCUAAACCACACGGUAACGGUACAGCUGUUGAAGGCUAACUCCACAGACAACUGCCCUGACUCACCGUCCAUCCCGCUGGAGUAACGUUACUGCCCGGGAGGAGGAUAUGAACGAGCUGGUGAAGAGUUUGCCCUCCCCGACUCUCCCGGGGCUCCUCCUGCCAGGUGCGGACACCUACAAAGGCUGGCUCUUUAAAUGGACCAACUACCUGAAAGGCUACCAGCGGCGAUGGUUCGUGCUCAGUAACGGCCUGCUGUCCUAUUACAGGACUCAGGCUGAGAUGGCACACACCUGCCGGGGCACAAUUCCUGUCGCAACAGCGCACAUCGAGGUGGAUGACACUUGCCACUUUGUGUUAACAAGUGGAGGAAGAAACUAUCACCUGAAGGCCACCUCUGAGGGAGAGUGUCAGAAAUGGGUGUCAGCCCUGCAGCAAGCAAAGGCCAAUGCCACAUUACUGAUGCAUCACUCAGAUGACUCAGGAGAUGAAGGCCCUGAACCUCAGGAAGAUCGAGCCCUGACCCAAGGGGUGCUCAAGAGUCUGGCCAGCAAGCUAGAUGACCUGAGCACCUGUAAUGAGCUGAUAGGGAAGCACGGCGCCGCCCUCCAGCGCUCUCUCAGUGAACUCGAGGAACUGCGUGCAUCCUCUGACAACACGGACAGAGUGAAAGCUGUUAAUGAGAGAGCCACCCUCUUCCGCAUCACCUCUAAUGCUAUGAUCAAUGCUUGUCGUGACUUUCUGGAUGUAGCAGAGUCUCAUAACCGGAGGUGGCAGAAGGCCCUGCAGUAUGAGAGAGAACAGCGCCACCAUCUGGAGGAGACCAUUGAACAGUUAGCCAAGCAGCACAACAGCUUAGAGAGAGCCUGGAGGGAGAAUCCCACCUCGUAUACAGGCGUGGAGCGGUCUCAGGAGGGGGAUGCAAGUGACGAGAAUGACGAGGCUGAGUUCUUCGAUGCCAUGGAGGACUCCCCUGCAUUCAUAACAGUGACGACUAGUGGUGAAAUCCAGCACAAGCGCUCAGGGAGUAAUCAGAGUAUGAUGAGCGGAGGAGUGUCCAAUGACUGGACUCAGAAUGAGAAUGAUACCUCAGGCACAAACCACAUACAACUACGAAGAACAAGACGCAGUCGUAUUCCUGACAAACCAAACUACUCCCUUAACUUGUGGAGUAUUAUGAAGAACUGUAUCGGCAAAGAUCUGUCCAAGAUACCCAUGCCUGUAAACUUCAAUGAGCCAUUGUCGAUGCUGCAGCGUCUGACUGAGGAUCUGGAGUACGUCGAGCUUCUGGAACGGGCAGCUCGCUGUGACUCCUCUCUGGAACAGAUGUGCCUGGUAGCUGCUUUUUCAGUGUCCUCAUACUCCACCACAGUCCAUCGCACAGCCAAGCCAUUCAACCCUCUGCUGGGGGAGACUUUUGAGCUGGACCGACUGGAGGAGUACGGAUAUCGCUCCAUCUGUGAGCAGGUCAGUCACCACCCACCUGCUGCUGCCCACCAUGUGACAUCACAGCGAGGAUGGACCCUAUGGCAGCACAUCACAAUUGACAGCAAGUUCCGUGGGAAAUAUAUUUCUGUCAUGCCUUUAGGAAACAUUCAUCUGCAGUUCCACUCAAGUGGGAACCACUAUGUGUGGAGCAAAGUGACUUCAACUGUGCACAACAUUAUUGUGGGAAAACUUUGGAUUGAUCAGUCUGGGGACAUUGACAUCGUAAACAACACUACCAAGGACACCUGCCGUCUCAAAUUCUCCCCAUACAGCUACUUCUCCAGAGAAGUUCCUCGUAAAGUGACAGGAGUGGUGGAGGACAGAGAGGGCACUGCUCACUACAUCCUGUCAGGGACUUGGGACGAUAAGAUGGAGAGUGCCAAAAUAGUGGACAGCAGCCAUGGAUGUGGAAAUUCUGAAGGCAAACAGAAAACUGUUUACCAAACUCUUCAGCCAAAACUGUUGUGGAAGAAAUAUCCUCUCCCAGACAAUGCAGAGAACAUGCACUAUUUCUCCUCCUUGGCUCUGACUUUGAAUGAGCCAGAAGAGGGCGUUGCGCCCACUGACAGCCGUCUGCGGCCAGACCAGCGUCUGAUGGAGGUGGGUCUGUGGGAUGAAGCAAACACCCAGAAGCAGCGACUGGAGGAGAGUCAGAGGCUGGAAAGGAAAAGGAGGGAGGCACAAGCUACCCAGGCACUCGAGGAAGGACAAGACAUUGAGGGAUACCAGCCUCUGUGGUUUGAGAAGAGGACAGAUGACAGAACAGGAGAAAACACCUACGUGUACAGAGGCGGCUAUUGGGAAGCCAAAGACAGACAGGACUGGAGCCAGAGUCCUCAGAUCUUCUAGGACAAUAUUUCUCUUCACAAUGUGUCAUUAGACCAGCUGAGAGGUUCUUCCUCAUGUAAGGAUACUCUGUGAGUUAUAAGGACUACUGUCUGGGUGUGGAUGUGUUUAUGUGUGAGUGAAUGCUGGUGAAAGUGAACCAGCUAUUUGACGUAGCUCCUGGAAUAUGAAGCACAAAACAGCUGCAAAACAGCUGUUUACGAAGCAAAAACUCCUGCUUCCACCUACUAAUCUCCUCUCUUCUGCUCUGUUAUGACGUGUUUGCAGAAAGCAUGGCCUCAGUUUACGUGUGCUGUGUAAUCGCUUAUUCAGCACUGCAGGGAACUUACAUUUCAGAGUACAUGAAGUUCUCAUAUGUGUCUAAGUGUGUCUGUGGGGCUGAAAUACUUUACAUAUGCUUUACAGAGAUAUGACUCCGACACCAAAACACACUUUUUUAAGUGUUCUCAACUAGUGGGCAAAAGGAGUCGCUGCAUACUGAAUGUCUUGUUCUCCUCAGAGCCAGAACAACAUGUUCCUCAAGCUGGACUCCAACACAGACACCGGCUUUUCAGAAGGAACGCAGCAGGACAAAUCAUUCUUGUGUGCUAAAAGGCUUUUCAGACAGAUUUUCAUCUAUGGAUCCUUCUGAUUAUUGGGAAUCUUUCCUAUCCUUUUCAAAGUUGCUUUAAAAGCUGUAUCUUGAAGUUUAUACCGUUACGUCCAGGGUUAAACUUGCACAAAUCUGUAACAGACAGCCUAACUUACUAGGAGCAUGGAGUUCUAAGCAUUUGCCAAGCUGGGAGGGUCUAAGAGAAGAGUUGCAUUGUGGGAAAUGUAGGAUUCAUCAAGUUCAGAGCUUGAAAUGUAUCAACUGAAAGUUGUAGUAUCUGAUUAAUGCACCACUCUUUAUUCAAUUCAUCUCUGACUUAUCCCAAAAACUUUUUUGAGUUAAUAACAGGAAAACCACUUCAGAUAUCUUAAGAUUGAAGUCCCUCUGAAGUGUAAAUCUGCUUAACCUGGGGAUUUUCUUCUGCAAGGAUUUAUUUUGGUGCUCAAAGGUAAUUUUAGCCUUAAUUAUGUAAUGAUGUAUUAAGUCCUUUGUGAACACUGCAUCCAAACAGAAAGAUUCAGUGUAGUUUAAAGAAACCAAACUAGACAUAUUUUUCUUCAGUAUCAGGGUUUCUCUAUUGGAUUCUUCAAAGUAAAUCAAAGAGGGUUUUUUUUUAAUAUUCUCAAAACAACAGGAGAUCAUCUCGGUAAGUAUCUAGAAAUGUAUCCCUCAUUGAAACUGUGAGAAAUGCUGGCUUUUCUUGGGGUUUCUUUGUUUGAAAAUGUGGCAUAAUGUUAGCAAUAACACAACUGCAUGUUCACUUGAGAAGAAAAGUGUCCCGAGACUGAAAGGUGUUUUAGGCAGCAUUAUAAGGUGUUUUAUUCACAGUAUCCAUUUGAUGAAUGAUUGAUACGUAAUGUGAUUUAUACAUGUAAAUCAGGAAACAAUGAAAGAAAGGCUUAGCAAUACAUAGGCUAAUCUUUUUGUGAAGGCGGGCACUGGUGUUCGUAGAUAAGUAGUGAAUGUAGAUUCUAUAGCUAAUACUAACCUAUUUAUUUGUAGAUUGCAGCUUCCUGUGUAUUGUAACAUGCAUUGGAUGGUUGAUUUUGCCUGUACAUAGUUAGAAAUAAUAGAAAUAGGAUGACUAUAGUCACUUAAAGGAAUUAUUGUUUCACAUUACUUGAACAUUGGCAUUUUGGUCACUAAUUAAACUAUAUUGUGUUUGUGUAUAGAUCAUUUUAAAUGGAUUGUAAACCAGCUAAUGAAGUGUUAAGAGCAUAGGUUACCAAAUGAGAUGAGGAUUGAUCAUGUACAUUAUUGAUGAUGCAAUUAAGGUGUUUCCGAAACAAGCACAAUAUAAAGGUUUUCCUCCAGGUAAUUAAUACACGAGACAUAGGCUAAAAGAUCUUCAUGGCAACACAUAGCUAUGCAUGGUUUUAGAGUGCUGAGGCACUUAUGUAGUGAAAAAAAGCCUCUUCACCUAGCUAAUUGUUUGUAAACUAAAACAUGAUGUGAACUCACCUUUUGUGCCCUAUGACC